CAUCCAUGAGUAUGUUUUCUGAUUUCCUGCAGUCUUUUUUGAAGCACUCUUCAACUACAGUUUUUGACCUUGUGGAAGAAUAUGAAAAUAUUUGUUCUAGUCAGGUGAAUAUACUGGGUAAAAUAGUGAGCCGAGCGACGCCUGGGCUGCAGAAGUUUUCAAAAACAGCCAGUAUGCUCUGGCUUCUUCAACAGGAGAUGGUCACAUGGAGGCUGCUAGCUUCUUUGUAUAGAGACAGAAUACAGUCUUCGCUCGAAGAUGAAAAUAUGUUUGCAGUUACUGCUCUUAAUGCCAGUGAAAAAACAGUUGUGGAAGCACUAUUUCAGAGAGAUUCACUUGUCCGACAAAGUCAGCUGGUGGUAGAUUGGUUAGAGAGUCUUGCCAAAGAUGAAAUUGGUGAUUUUUCUGAAAAUAUUGAGUUUUAUGCAAAAUCAGUGUAUUGGGAAAAUACUCUCCAUACCCUGAAACAACGACAGCUACCUUCUUAUAUAGGAAGUGUCCGUCCUCUUGUCACUGAAUUGGAUCCUGAUGCUCCCAUUAGACAGAAAAUGCCACUUGAUGAUCUGGAUAGAGAAGACGAAGUUAGAUUACUCAAGUACCUUUUUACUCUAAUCCGUGCUGGAAUGACAGAAGAGGCACAACGACUCUGUAAACGCUGUGGCCAAGCAUGGAGAGCUGCAACACUUGAAGGCUGGAAAUUGUAUCAUGACCCUAAUGUUAAUGGAGGAACAGAAUUAGAACCUGUUGAAGGGAAUCCUUAUAGACGAAUUUGGAAAAUUAGUUGUUGGAGAAUGGCAGAAGAUGAGCUUUUUAAUAGAUAUGAAAGAGCAAUCUAUGCAGCUUUAAGUGGGAAUAUUAAGCAGCUCCUUCCUGUCUGUGACACCUGGGAAGACACAGUAUGGGCCUACUUCCGAGUGAUGGUGGACAGUCUGGUAGAGCAGGAGAUCCGGACAUCAGUAAUGACUCUGGAUGAGACAGAAGAACUCCCUAGAGAAUAUUUAGAAGCAAAUUGGACCUUAGAAAAGGUUUUUGAGGAACUUCAGGCUACAGAUAAAAAGCGAGUUCUGGAGGAGAACCAGGAGCACUAUCAUGUCGUUCAAAAAUUCCUCAUCUUGGGAGACAUCGACGGUUUGAUGGAUGAGUUCAGCAAAUGGCUUUCCAGAAGCAGAAGCAGUCUGCCUGGGCACCUCCUCCGCUUUAUGACGCACCUUAUUCUGUUUUUCCGUACCCUAGGACUACAGACCAAAGAAGAAGUUUCUAUUGACGUUUUAAAGACAUACAUACAGCUUUUAAUCAAUGAGAAACAUACAAAUCUCAUAGCAUUUUAUGCCUGUCAUUUGCCUCAAGACCUUGCGGUUGCCCAGUAUGCAUUAUUUUUGGAAGGUGUUACAGAAUUUGAACAGCGCCACCACUGCCUGGAGCUGGCUAAAGAAGCAGAUUUGGAUGUUGCAACAAUUACAAAAACUGUAGUGGAGAACAUCCGAAAGAAAGACAGUGGUGAAUUUAGCCAUCAUGACCUGGCUCCUGCACUAGACACCGGCACUACUGAGGAAGACCGUUUAAAGAUUGAUGUAAUAGACUGGUUGGUAUUUGACCCAGCGCAGAGGGCAGAAGCACUGAAACAAGGCAAUGCGAUUAUGAGAAAAUUCUUAGCAUCAAAAAAGCAUGAAGCUGCAAAAGAAGUAUUCGUGAAAAUUCCUCAGGAUUCUAUAGCAGAAAUCUAUAAUCAGUGGGAGGAACAAGGAAUGGAAAGUCCACUUCCUGCUGAAGAUGAUAAUGCUAUCAGAGAACAUUUGUGCAUUAGAGCUUAUUUGGAAGCCCAUGAAACCUUCAAUGAAUGGUUUAAGCAUAUGAAUUCAGCUCCACAAAAACCAACUUUGAUACCCCAACCAACUUUUACUGAGAAAGUGGCUUAUGAACACAAAGAAAAGAAAUAUGAAAUGGAUUAUGGUAUUUGGAAAGGGCAUUUGGAUGCCCUAACUGCUGAUGUGAAGGAGAAAAUGUACAACGUCUUGUUGUUUGUUGAUGGAGGGUGGAUGGUAGAUGUCAGAGAGGAUGCUGAAGAAGACCAUGAAAGAACACAUCAGAUGGUUUUGUUAAGAAAGCUUUGCCUGCCAAUGUUGUGUUUUCUGCUUCACACCAUAUUGCAUAGCACUGGUCAGUAUCAGGAAUGCCUGCAGUUAGCAGAUAUGGUAUCCUCUGAGCGCCACAAACUGUAUCUGGUAUUUUCUAAGGAAGAACUGAGGAAGUUGCUGCAGAAACUAAGGGAAUCCUCACUAAUGCUUCUAGACCAGGGACUUGACCCAUUAGGAUAUGAAAUUCAGUCAUAAUUGCAUCCACUUUUUGUAUUCUCACUCAUUUCCAUAAUAAAUGGAGGGGUUUUUUUUAAAAAUAAAAUAUACAUAUUUGUAAUUACUGGCCAUU